AUGGCCGCGAGCGGAUUCCAGGACGACCCGGAAGCCGCGGGGUUCGUCCGGGAGCUGGCCAACGCUGCGCCAAGGGACUUGGGUGAAGGCGUGCAGGUCUUCAACCUCACGAAGUCCUUGCCCGUAGAGCCGUACAGCCAGAGCGGGCCGAAAUUAUUGACGCGCACUACGACGCGCCAGGCCUGGCAGGCCACCUUCGAGCUCAUGAACAGAGGCACCGAGCGAGCGGACGGCAUCAAACGAGUGGCCAUGCUGGGCGUCCCGGGCAUCGGGAAGAGCCGCAAUUUGGCGCUGGGCCUUUGGCACCUGGUGACGGGCAAGGAGCUGCCAGAGGGGAUUCAGCAGCCCAAGGCCAUCGUCUAUGAAGCCCGAGAGGGUGGGGUGGUCUUCCGUUUCACCAAGGACCAAGGUGGCCAGUGGAAGGCGCAGAGCCGCGACAUGCAAAAUAAUUGGAGCCCCGUAGGCUGCCUGGACCUGAAGUGCGCCAACAACUGGUAUCUCGUGGAUGCCUCCGAGACAAAGACCUCCACCUUGAAGUUGUUUGCCAAGACAGUGCUCGCCUGCAGCCCAGACCGGAACCACUACAGCCAGUUCGUCAAAGACGGAGGCUGCUGCGUCUAUAUUGAAUCGUGGUCUAAAUCUGAGCUCCAAGUGGCAUUAGGUCACAUCGUAGACAGUGCGGACAUGCCGUCUAGGCUGUCUAGGUACGACCAGAUCGGAGGAAAUCUGCGGGCCCUUUUGUCAGCUGAAGCCGACUUCAAUAAGUAUGUGAAGGACCAGAAAGCUGAGGCCAAGGAUUGGCAGCACUUGCAGCGUGCCUUCAGUGGCAGCUUGGACAACCAAGGCAAGAAGCUUCUCACCCGCCUUUUCACCUACAUCAGCAAGGAUGGCCGCCAGUACGAGGUUGAUUUCUGCUGCGCCGGCGCUGCCGCGCUGGUUGCGAACGAGCACUAUGAGAAGCUGGUGGAGCUCUGGAGCAAGCAAGAUGAGCCCGCGAGGUACUGGUUCCAAAAGUUUCUCGGACCCCUGUUGACUUUCUCCUGGUUUCACAAAAGGUUUGCAGCCUGGACUAUCACCAAUGAGGGCACCGCUGACCGUGCUUCCUGGCGACGGGAGAAGUGCGACGACUUGAUGAUUGCAGAAAACUUGCAGCUAUUGGAGUGCGAUUCCAUAGCCAUUUUUGCGGACAGAUGGUGGAAGGCACUGCAGGAACGAACCCUAUCGCAAAAGGUUUUGAGUAGCCCAGCCGGUUACCCGGGCAUUGACUAUCUGCUGGACUUCAACCACGGCAUCCAGGUGACCACAGCCGGAAAGCACAACCUUGCACAACAGUUUCGCGAGAAGUUGAUGACGAUGUUCAAAGGAACUCGCCACAGUUUCACUCUCACGUUUCUCACGACAGGAGAUCCUAAAACAUUCUCGCCGGUCGGACGUGAUUUCAACGCACUAAUGGACAUGGCGGGGCCAUCACAGUCGUUUGACAAUGUUUGUGUACAGGUCGUGCAGAUUCCGAAGACGCUCAAUAGCCUGAGUUGA